GGUUGAACGUGGCCGCACCCCGGGGCGCCGUCGCUGCGGCUCCCCACUUCCGGCUGGGCGCGGGGCGCCGAGAGUCUGCUUCCCAGGGUGCCCCGCGAGAGAGCUGAGUGAGGACUGCAUCUCCCAUAGUGCCCCGCGGGCAGCCCGAUUGGGGCUCCAUCUCCCAGAGUGCCUCGCGGGCAGGCCUGGCCGCGGACUCCAUCCCCCAAAGGGCCUUGCGGGAGACCAGGCCUGGGACUCCAUCUCCCAGACUGCCCCGCAGGCGGCCUGGCUACGGACUCCACUUCCCAGAGGGCCGUGCGGGCGAUCCAGUCUGGGACUCCAUCUCCCAGGGGCCGCCGCGGACGUCCGGCUUGUGUUGGCCACGACCGAGUGGCCGGGUUACCGGGCUCGGCGGCGGCGCCCGUCCGUGGCCGCUGCGCGCCGGCGGCACGAUGGACAGCCCCGAGGUGACCUUCACGCUGGCCUACCUGGUCUUCGCCGUGUGUUUCGUGUUCACGCCCAACGAGUUCCACUCGGCCGGGCUCACAGUGCAGAACCUGCUGUCCGGCUGGCUGGGCAGCGAGGACGCCGCCUUCGUGCCCUAUCACCUGCGCCGCACGGCCGCCACGCUGCUGUGCCACUCGCUGCUGCCGCUGGGCUACUACGUGGGCAUGUGCUUCGCGGCCUGGGACAAGCGGCUGCACUUCCCGAGCCAGGCCCCCGAGGCCUGGCGGCUCUUCCUGCUGCUGGCCGUUGCCCUGCCCUCCGCCGCCUGCGCCGUGGUGUGCUACUGGUCCCGGGACCGCUGGGCGCGCCACCCCCUGGCCCGCACCUUGGCGCGGUACGCGCUCCCGCGCUCUGGCUGGGGCGCCGUCGCCGCCUCCGUCGACACCGAGUUCCGGCGCAUCGACAAGUUCGCCACCGGGGCGCCGGGCGCGCGCGUGAUCGUGACGGACACGUGGGUGAUGAAGGUGACCACGUACCGCGUGCACGUGGCGCGGCAGCAGGACGUGCACCUGACGGUGACCGAGUCCCGGCAGCACGAGCUGUCCCCGGACUCAAACCUGCCGGUGCAGCUGCUCACCAUCCGCGUGGCCAGCGCCAGCCCCGCCGUGCCACCCUUCGACAUCCGGCUGAACUCGGCCGAGUACGGGGAGCUGUGCGAGAAGCUGCGCGCGCCCAUCCGCAGCGCCGCGCACGUGGUCAUCCGCCAGAGCCUGGGCGACCUGUUCCUGGAGACCUUCGCCUCGCUGGUGGAGGUGAACCCGGCCUACGCGGUGCCCAGCAGCCAGGAGCUGGAGGCCUGCAUCGGCUGCAUGCAGGCGCGCGCGGCCGUGAAGCUGGUGAAGACGUGCCAGGACGCGGCGGCCGGCGAGUGCCAGCAGUGCUACUGCCGCCCCAUGUGGUGCGUCACCUGCAUGGGCAAGUGGUUCGCCAGCCGCCAGGACCCGCAGCGCCCCGACACCUGGCUGGCCAGCCGCGCGCCCUGCCCCACCUGCCGCGCGCGCUUCUGCAUCCUGGACGUGUGCUGCGUGCGCUGAGCGCCGCCGGGGGCCGCGAGGCCGCUUCUGGGGCGCUGGGCCCCGGCAGCGAGUGGGGGGGCGGCGCUGCGGCCGCAGGGCCUGGGACCCUCACAGCCCGGCCCCUGGUCCGGCUCCAGCGGGGCGAGCUCGGGACCGGGACGCGGCUGCCCGGGGGCACUCUUUCUAGAGUUCGCUGGUUGUACGCGGCAGGGCACGGCGUAAUAAACCCUUAGCGGAG